GCGAACGGAUCUCUUCCUCCUCCUCCUCCUCCUCCUCCUCCCUCCGGCGUCCGAGUCUAAUAGGCGGCUACAGAUCAUCAUCCGGUCCACGCGGACGCGCGCGUCUCCGGCCGCGCGUGCCCACCGAUGGCGGGCGCCACCGUGUGCGCCAUGUGCGGCGACGUUGGCUUCCCCGACAAGCUCUUCCGCUGCGCGCGCUGCCGCCGCCGCUACCAGCACUCCUACUGCACCAACUACUACGGCGACGCGGGCGCGGGCGUCUGCGACUGGUGCCUCAGCGACGACGUCGUCGGCAGCGGGAAGAAGCGGCCGCACAUCUCGUCGUCGGCGUCGUCGGGGUGCAGCAAGCAGCAGCAGCAGGAGGCGGCGGCGCAAGCCAGGAGCAGCGAGCAGCAGCCGCCGUUCCCGCCCAGCGGGUGCGGCAAGGGAGCCGGCAAGGUGGUCACCGGCGGCGAGCACGAGGGUGGCCGGCGACCCCGCAGGUACAAGCUCCUCAAGGACGUGCUGUGCUAGCGAGCUGCCCGGCUACCUACUAGCAGGCGGCCCGGCGUGCUCGGAUUUACAAUGCUCGGUAAUUAGACAGGUAAAACUAGAUUAGCUCGCUCUAGAUGGUUCGAUCUUUUUUUUUACCAUGCAUCCUUCUACGAGUGCUUGUGCCUUAUGAGGGACUGGUUAUGCAUGUGUAUAAGCUAGCUGCUGCCUUUGCCGAGACUCUUCUUCAUCACAUGCGUGUUGUGUUUGAGUUUGAGGUGGUUAGCACAGCAUGUCAUCGUCAAAUGCGCUUGAUCUUGCGUAUCAGCAACUCAUGAUCAGCCAAGGGGCGGCACUUGCUUCCGUAAGAUCAAUCUGCAUGCCGUCCGGGAAACCAUGCGUUCUUA